AGAGAAAGAGAUAGAGUUUUUUUUUUUUUUUUUCUGGGCUUUUGCUUGCGUGAUCUCUCUCAUCAAUCUUCUGAUCAUCUCAUCAUCAUUAGAUUUUGAUUUUCUUUUUAUCAUUUUUCUUUCUUUCUUCCUUGUGUAGCUCUUUUGUUUCAGGGGACGAAGAAGAAAGUUUCUAUUUAUGGUUGAAUUUGUUUUGUGAUUUUUUUUUUUUGUUUUGUUUUUGGAGAUUCUACAGAUCUAUUAUGAUUCUUGAUCAUUGUCAACGUUUUGUCCUUCUUUGUAAUCAUCACGGUUUUUGAUUUCGACUUCCAUCUUAGAGCUCUCUGAGAAUUUCUUCAAUUUUUUUUUUUAUUAUUAUUGAUUCUCGGAGCUGUUUCGAGUUCUUUAGCUGUUCUUCAUAGAUAUAUUUUUUUAAUCCAGUAGAUCUAAAUUCUAUGCAGUUUCUAGACUUGUGGAUCUGGUGAAUUCACUUUGUAUUUUUCUUCUUUCUGAUUUUGAGCUCCUGUGGUCUGAGUCAAAGUCAAGUGAAUUUCCUCGAGUUCAAGAUCUGGUGGUCUCAAUUGGAUCUCGCUGAAGUCAAAUCCACUGAGAAGAAGAAGAGGAGGAAGAAGAGGAAGAAGAUGAACUAUUUCCCAGAUGAAGUGAUAGAGCACGUUUUCGACUUCGUAACAUCACAGAGAGACAGGAACGCGAUAUCUCUGGUGUGCAAAUCGUGGUACAAGAUCGAGAGAUACAGUAGACAAAGAGUGUUUAUCGGAAACUGUUACGCGAUAAACCCGGAGAGAUUACUCGGGAGAUUCCCAUGCCUCAGAUCCUUGACAUUGAAAGGAAAGCCUCAUUUCGCGGAUUUCAAUUUGGUUCCUCACGAGUGGGGAGGCUUUGUGCAGCCUUGGAUCGAGGCCUUAGCAAGGAGCCGCCUGGGGCUAGAGGAGCUUAGGUUGAAGCGGAUGGUUGUGACCGAUGUGAGUUUGGAGCUGCUUUCUCGUUCCUUUCCCAAUUUCAAGUCAUUGGUGCUCGUUAGCUGUGAAGGGUUCACCACUGAUGGUCUAGCCUCCAUUGCCGCUAAUUGCAGGCAUCUUCGGGAUCUGGACUUGCAAGAGAAUGAAAUCGAUGAUCACAGAGGUCAAUGGCUGAGCUGUUUCCCAGACACUUGCACGACUCUUGUCACAUUGAAUUUUGCUUGUCUCGAAGGAGAAACCAAUCUGGUGGCUUUAGAGAGGCUAGUCGCAAGGUCUCCAAACCUAAAGAGUCUGAAGCUAAACCGAGCAGUGCCGCUCGAUGCACUCGCAAGGUUAAUGGUUUGUGCGCCGCAGAUUGUUGACUUAGGAGUAGGGUCUUAUGAGAAUGACCCGGAUUCAGAGUCUUACCUGAAACUCCAGGCUGCCAUAAAGAAAUGCACCUCGUUAAAGAGGUUGUCGGGCUUUCUAGAGGCUUCUCCUCACUGUCUCUCAGCUUUCCACCCAAUUUGUCAUAACCUCACCUCCUUGAAUCUUAGUUACGCAGCCGAGAUCCAUGGCAGCCACCUCAUUAAGCUUAUUCAGCAUUGCAAGAAACUCCAGCGGUUAUGGAUAUUGGAUAGUAUAGGUGACAAAGGGCUUGCAGUGGUGGCUUCUACGUGUAAAGAGUUACAAGAGCUUAGGGUUUUUCCAACUGAUUUACUCGGUGGAGGCAACACAGCUGUGACCGAAGAUGGCCUAGUCGCCAUCUCCGCAGGUUGCCCUAAGCUUCACUCGAUACUCUACUUCUGCCAGCAGAUGACAAACGCAGCGCUCAUAACCGUUGCCAAGAACUGUCCAAAUUUCAUCCGGUUCAGGCUCUGCAUCCUCGAGCCAAACAAACCCGACCACGUGACAUCUCAACCUCUAGACGAAGGCUUUGGAGCAAUCGUGCAAGCCUGCAAGAACUUGAGACGGCUUUCACUCUCGGGUCUCCUCACAGACCAAGUCUUCCAAUACAUUGGGAUGUACGCAACUCAGCUCGAGAUGCUCUCCAUAGCAUUUGCAGGGGAUACAGACAAAGGCAUGCUGUAUGUGUUGAAUGGUUGCAAAAAGAUGAGGAAGCUAGAGAUUCGGGAUAGUCCGUUUGGGGACACGGCGCUUCUUGCUGAUGUGAACAAGUACCAAACAAUGCGAUCCCUUUGGAUGUCGUCAUGUGAAGUCACGCUCGGGGGAUGCAAAAGGCUCGCACAGAAAGCACCAUGGCUCAAUGUUGAGAUUAUCAACGAGAACGAUAAUAACCGGAUGGAGGAAAACGGACACGAGGGAAGACAGAAGGUGGAUAAAUUGUAUCUGUACCGGACUGUGGUUGGGACAAGGACUGAUGCGCCGCCAUUUGUGUGGAUUCUCUAGUUUUUGUUCCGACCAAACAUGGAACUGGUUCUAUGCUUCCGUUAGUGUGUCCUUUCCCGAAUUAGGUGUACUUUUGUUUUUGUUUUCUUUAUUUUCUUUUAAGACGAGAGAUUCUUUCGUGAUAGCCGCCUUUCUGUUUUUUUUUUUUUUCUUCUUUUGACUUUCCUCCGAUUAUUUAUUGUUUUUUAAGUUAUUACAACUUUACAAGUGCAACGGCUUGUUUUGGAUAAGCUUAUUGACUAG